ACUUUUCAAAUACUGGCAACCUUCAAAAUAUUUAACUCAAAUACACUGCUCUUAAAUGAUAAGAGCCAUGAUGAAAGGGAACAAGUAUCUCAUUAUGAUCAUGUUCCCCAAGUGGCAAAUCCCACACCAUAGUCUGUUUUCCAUAAAUUCUUACAAGUUAUUUUGGUACAAAGUUCCACUGGGAGGCAUUUUUGUUGUUGCUUUGCUUAGUUGUACUUUGAAUGACUUAAUUUUUUUUAAAGUGCAUGUUACAUUUUUUGUUCUUCAGCAUAAAAUGGCCUAUGCUGUAUAUUUUCUUUUUAUGACAAAGGGUUCUGAAAAAUCUAAUCAGGUCAAUGGCAGAUGAACCCAUUAAUUUAUUUCUAAAACCGCUACCACUUUUAAGAAUAUUAUUCAAUGAUUUGCACUGCAUCUUUACAUCAGCUUGGUCUACAAAUUCUGGUUCAGGGAAAUUCAUUCUAUUCCAAUGAACAUUUUUUGAACUCUGUAAUAGGCAUUUACAUUCUGGGGAACUUAUGGUCCUGUUUUUCUUUUUUUAAAAACAAGAUCUUCCUGUGUAGUUGAGGCUGCUCUUGAACUCACUGCAUAGGCCAAGCUGGCCUCAAAGUCACUGCAAGCUUCCUGCCUCAGCUUCCUGAGUGCUGGGACUAGAGGCCUGUACCACCUCUCCCAGUUGGUCCCAGUUUUAAGGAGGACAAAAUAGAAGAACAAAAUGGAAAAUACACUCUUUUGGUUGGUGUUUUUCACCCCUGGAUGGACUCUCAUUGACGGAUCUGAAAUGGAGCAGGAUUUUAUGUGGCACUUGAGUAAAGUCCCCCGGGUUGUGAGUGAAAGCACUUUCUACCUCACCAGCCCCUGGUUUGAGGCAGAUGCCAAGAUGGUGCCAAACAGAAUGUGUGGCAUUGAAUGUCAGAAGGAACAGCCUGCUCCCAGCCUUUCUGAGUUGGAGGAUUCUCUUUCGUAUGAGACGGUCUUUGAGAAUGGCACCCGAACCCUAACCAGGGUAAAAGUUCAAGGUUCGGUCUUGGAGCCCACUCAGAAUAACACCACCAAAGGAGCACCCAUUAGGAGAAAGCGACAGGUGUACGGCACAGACAGCAGGUUCAGCAUCAUGGACAAGAGGUUCUUAACUAAUUUCCCCUUCAAUACAGCCGUGAAGCUCUCCACCGGCUGCAGUGGUGUUCUCGUUUCCCCGACUCACGUCCUGACAGCAGCCCACUGUGUCCAUGACGGCAAGGAUUACGUCAAGGGGAGUAAAAAGCUAAGGGUAGGAUUGCUGAAAAUGAGAAAUAAAGGCAGUGGCAAAAAGCGUAGAGGUUCUAAGAGGAACAAGAGGGAAGCUAAUGGUGGUGACCCAAGAGAAGGAGCCAAAGAGAGUCUAGAGGAGAGAGUUCAGGGUGGAAGACGAAAAAAAGAAUUUGGUGGGGGUCAGAGAGGAGCAGAAGGGAGGCCCUCCUUCCAGUGGACCCGAGUCAAAAGAACCUACAUUCCGAAAGGCUGGGCAAGGGGAGGCAGUGGAGACCCCGCCCUGGACUAUGAUUAUGCUCUCCUGGAGCUGAAGCGCGCGCACAAAAAGAAAUACAUGGAGCUAGGAAUCAGUCCAACUAUCAAGAAGGUGCCUGGUGGGAUGAUCCACUUCUCUGGAUUUGACAACGACAGGGCUGACCAGUUGGUCUACCGGUUUUGUAGAGUGUCUGAUGAGUCCAAUGAUCUCCUCUAUCAAUAUUGCGAUGCAGAGUCGGGGUCCACUGGCUCUGGGGUCUAUCUACGUCUGAAAGAACCAGACAAAAAGAAGUGGAAGCGCAGGAUCAUCGCGGUCUACGCAGGCCACCAGUGGGUGGACGUGCAUGGUGUGCAGAAGGACUACAACGUGGCUGUGCGCGUCACUCCCCUCAAGUACUCCCAGAUCUGCCUCUGGAUCCAUGGAAAUGAUGCCAACUGUGCUCAUGGCUAAGAGAAAGCUGGGAAAAGGUUAUAUAUCAUCUAAAUUGCAGAAGAAAGCCUGUUCUGAUUAAGGAGGUCACCUCAUAGGUUAUACCUGAACUUGAGCCUAUCAACAGCAUUUCAAUAUUUUUACAAAUUUACUUUUUCAAAAUUAGGAUAUGUUCACACUUUUAAAAAUGUUUAGGUACAGAUAUUGAAACAUCAGAUGGGUGCCUCAAUGCCAAGUAUAUACUCUUUACACAGUGAUCAGUUUUAUUUGCAAGAAGAUUUUUAUAGCCUCUGUCUUCCUAGAUAUUACACACUCUUUAAAAAUACUUCAUACUGCUACCAUAAAACAUGAUUUCUUAGUGGACUUAGUCUAAGAAGAAUCUAAUAGGAUGCUAGUUGUGUGUAAAAUGUGAAACUGCAUAUACAAAAGUAGAUGCAGUAACGCAACUAGUAUCAGGAACGAGAGUAAGAUUUACAGUUUGUAUUGCUCUCAGAUGUGCUUUUUUUUUUAUUUUUUCAGUGCUGGGGUUUGAACUCAGGACCUUGGACCUUGCACUUUCGAGGCACAGUGCCACUGAGCUAAAUCCCUGGCCCUGUCAGAUGGUUCCAUUCAGCUCAGACUCUCAGGGUUUAAUCUUCUGUUGAGUCUGAGAAAUUUAGGCUUUUGAUUUUUUUUUAAAGAACUACACAUCAGAAGAAAUGGCAAACUUUGUAAACAAAAAUACUGCUUUAAAAAAGAGAAAUUGUAGCCUCUAUUUAAAAUGGGAUACUUUGUUCUAUGAAAGAAAUUAGAUGAGAAAUAGGUAAGGUGAGACUUUUUUUUUUUUUUUUUUGGUACAGGGGAUUGAACUCGGGUCCUUGCACUUGCAAGGCAGGCAGCGGAACCACUGAGCUAAAUCCCCAGCCACAAGGUGAGACAUUUUAAAAAGCUUUCAUUUAAAACUCAAAAUAUGAACUUCUCUGCUAUGUGUAGGGAAGACAUUUCACAGAAGAUUAUGUAUUGUAAAAACCACAUUAUUUUGUAUAUACAUUUUACUGUGUAUGAGGUGCUAUAUUUUUAAGGCUAGGAAUUCUGUAAUUUUUGCAAAAGAUAACUUUUUCUCUCUUGACAAAGUCUUUUUUCUUUCCUUUCUUUCUUCCUCCCUUCCUGCCCUUCUCCUCCCUCCCUACUUUCUCUCUUU